AUGUCGGAAGAGUUCAAAAUGCUCGAGGCCGAAAUGGCGUUGAGACUUGAUGGCACGGAACGUUUACAGCGAUCCAUGAGCCAAUACGUCAAAUGGAUGGGGAAACGUCUAGAGUCCUCAGAAGAUAAGGCGUACCCAAUAGGGUAUCUGGGGCAUAUGAUGGCUGCUCGAAAGAAGCUCGAGAGCCGUCGUUUGGCCUAUGACGCAAGCAUCAGUAGACUCCAGAAGUCUAAGAAAGACGACUUUAAGCUCGAGGAAGAACUUCGCUCUGCAAAAGCAAAGUACGAUGAAGCCUCAGAGGACGUUAGCCGUCGGAUGCAAGAUAUCCAAAGCGCGGAAGUUGACAGCAUUCGCGACCUGAGUCGGUUUCUUGAUGCUGAGCUCGAUUACCACGAACGAUGCGCCCUAGAACUCCGUCGCUUGCGGCAGCACUGGCCGAGUGUAUCCAAUACAGGCAGCUCACCAGGGGAAGAACUACUAGUCAAUUACUCAAGAAGCCAAAGCAGACCGACGCGCAUCAUUCGCUCAAAUACUUACAGCGGUACAUCGAAAGAUAUCGAGUCCGUCGCUCCUCCAGUUCGCAUGCCCACCCGACCGGGUGCUUCCCAAAUUAGGAUACAAUUGCCACAAGUUGAUGGUCCGGGACCGUCCAUAGUUCCAUCCAAAACCAGCAGCUUCCUCGGUGAAGUAAACUUCGACCGGGAAGGCGAACGCCAGCAGGGCUUUCAAAGCUUCUCCAGGACCAGCUUGCCAACAUCAACCACGACAAGCAUUAGUAAUCUACCCAGCGUAUCCAACUUACGUGGUCAACUCCGCCGUGUGAACCUCAGCCAGACAGCCAACCAAAUUGGCCGCGAUGACGAUGUCACUAGCAUAAGCGAUUCAGGCAGUAAUCCGACAUCAAACGACCGGCAGGCAUCCAAUAUUGGCGCCCGAACAGCAACGACUAGCGAAAGCUUGAGCCUUAUGCCAAGCGGCCGCACGCCAGGGCAGCUGGCGAGGCCAGCUGACAAUGCAGCUGCCAGUCCUUUUGCAAAUGAAUCAACAAUCCGCAAAACACCCCCGCCCCCGCCGCCGAGCAGAAGCAAGAAGCCCACACCUCCUGUGCCCCCAAAGAGGAGAGAUCUUGGGGCCUGA